AGCAUAUAAAUGUACAUACUUUGAAGAAUUGUUGGUAGUGGUCUUCCAUUUGAUCAUUAGAUUAAUUUGAUCUAUUAGACUCCAUUGCAUUCAACAAAUAUUUCGUCUUUCAUAGAGACGUCAGAGCAUUGUGCAUUGUCUUAGAAGCAAUAAUUUUUCUGCAGCAAAGCCGUUAACCUCUGCAUGACCCUGUAACUGCUUUGUCCUGGGACUGGAGAUAUUGGAAAUUCCCUUAUUUUACCAAAGGGUGGCGCACAACUACAAUUCUAAACAGACACCGGCCACUACCUAUACACUGGUGCGCGCUCUCGUCUUAAAAGAUACCACCCAGAUUUCCUGCUUGCGCGCCAGUUUACCGCUGGAGGUCAUCGGAGAGGAUUUACGACUGGUCAACAAAAACACGUGACUUCAAGCCGUACCCCAUAUUUGGACGCAUACGUAAGAGAGCGUGAAGUCUGUGUCUCAGUCAUUUCCAUAAUUCAUCAUAAAUUGUGCAAGGCGCAAUAGACGCUCAAAACCAUCAAGAGACACAAAUCAAGCGCAUCCGCUAUUGUUCUCUCCACGGCUGUAAUAACACCGACUAAACAAUUAUAAGAUAAUCAGUGACAACCAAUGAGCUCUUAUUUUGUGAACUCAUUCUGCGGUCGCUAUCCAAAUGGCGCGGAUUAUCCGUUACACAACUAUGGAGAUCAUAGUUCUAGUGACCAAUACAGGAACUCUACGAGCAUGCAUUCCAGCAGGUAUGGCUAUGGAUACAAUGGAAUGGAUCUCAGCACCGGCCGUUCCACGACUGACCACUUCGUCUCCUCCGGUGAACGAGCUCAAAGCUAUAGUCAUAGCCCAACGGCGACGCCUGUCGAUGCACGAUACAAUCAACCGGUCACCGCAAGUAAUGCGCCUUCGCAAUCGCCACCCCCUGACACUCUCGCGUGCUCCUCCGUCGAAUGUUCUCCAGUUAGAGAACCUUCUCAUCGCGCCCUAAAAAACUCCAUGCCGAAUUCUACCGGUUCUGCGUCCAGUGGCGGUGACGCGUUUCUGAGUUGUGAAGACGUCCCCAAAACGUGCACCAGCAUGGAGGAAGAGAAAGCGACGGGAAGUGUGCAGGCGACUUCACAGUGUGUGUCUGAAACCCCUCAACCACAAAUAUAUCCCUGGAUGCGAAAACUUCACCUAAGUCACGACUUGGCUGGCCGAGAGGGAAAGAGGGCGCGAACAGCCUACACGCGCUACCAAACACUUGAGCUGGAGAAGGAAUUCCACUUCAACCGGUACCUGACUCGUCGCAGGCGGAUAGAAAUUGCACAUGCGCUCUGCCUCUCAGAACGACAAAUCAAAAUAUGGUUUCAAAAUCGGAGAAUGAAAUGGAAAAAGGACAACAAGAUGAAAAGUAUGAGCAUGGCGGCUGCGGGGGGUUUAUACCGGCCCUGAGUGUG